GCGGGAGGGGGUUGGGUGGUGACUGGUUCCCUCUGGGAGCGGAACCUCUGUUCGGGGCACUGGUUACCCGCGGCACCUGCUGCUGGCGGACAGCGUCAGACAGGAAGUGCGCGGCCUGUGCUGUCCCCGCAGUCAGUCACUGCCCCACUCUCUGUGUGUGUGUGUGUGUGUGAGAGGCAGAGACUCGGCGCCGCCAUGAACACGGUGCUCUCCCGCGCCAACUCGCUCUUCGCCUUCUCGCUGAGUGUGAUGGCGGUGCUGACACUCGGCUGUUUCCUCACCACAGCCUUUAAACAGCGGGCGGUCACCGUCAACAUCCAGGUGUCAAAAGUCAUGUUGAAAAAUGUAGAAGAUUUUACUGGACCUCGAGAAAGAAGUGACUUGGGAUUGAUCACGUUUGAUCUGACAGCUGAUUUGGAGCCAAUAUUUGACUGGAACGUCAAACAGUUGUUUCUUUAUUUAUCAGCGGAGUAUAAAACCAAAACCAAUGCACUGAACCAGGUUGUUCUCUGGGAUAAGAUUGUUCUUCGAGGAGAGAAGAAGAAGUUGAACCUGAAGGAUGUGAAGUCAAAAUAUUUCUUCUUUGAUGAUGGAAAUGGCCUAAAAGGAAAUGAAAACAUCACUUUGACCCUGUCUUGGAAUGUGGUCCCAAACGCUGGAAUCCUGCCUCUUGUAGUGGGUUCAGGUCACAGUUCUGUUGCAUUCCCAGACUCGUAUGAAAUGACCAAGAGCUAUUGAACUUUAAAUACUUUUUCUUUUGUUUAAAAUACCUUUUACUGUUGUAAUUUGAAGCUCAUAACUUGGAACAUAUUUUUAUAUCCAAAUAUCAUGUCUGUGUGGCUGGGGUGAAAAAUCUGAAAAUUGCCCCAAAUGACUGUUUUUGUAUUUUUUGUAACAGACGCACGAGGAAUCUUGCAUUGUAAUAUUGAUCUUCAUUCAAGUUUAAUUCCAAUAUGAGUUUGAGUUGAGCUACAAUUAAUGUGGCAAACUUUUUUUUCCCCCCCACGCCUCUUCCCCCAGAGAAGUUAAGAUCAAAUUCAUUAAUCAACGAUGCUUAGGCACCGUUUAAUUACUUGAAUUAUUUUUAAACAUCUGUUGUCUUUUUUGCUUCGUGCACUUGUUUUAGAUGUUCUGGGGAAGGCUGAGUUUUCACACUCUUCUGUUUUUCUGCCCCUGCUUUUUUCCUCCUUUCCCACCCCAACCAAAGAAAGCCACUUGACUCAAUCUCCCAGUGAGAAUUUACACAAUAUGGGGGAAAAAAGAGAAAUUUAGGGUGCUCAAGUUUUUAAUUUACAAUUUCAAAAAGUUUCUGCCUCCCUAAUAAUGGUAAAUUAUUAAUUUGUUCUAUGACUGCCAAGACUCCAGUCAAAACAUUUGUUGUGCUAACUGUAUGAAGUUAAUGUUCAUUCAUCAAGCUAAAGAUUUAAAAAAAAACUAAAAUCUACCCCUGUAAACAAUUUUUAAUGUUUUAUUUGGGUCUGUUUUCAUAUUUUCCUUUGGUGUAUAUUAAAAACACACAAAGUGAAUGGAAGCGUGAGUAUUUAUACUGAUUGUUCUGAAGCCAUUAACUGACUUGAGUCUGAAGUUUGCUUGUAUCAUACAGCAUAACAUGAUUUAUACUGUACAAUUGCUAUGAACUACAAAAAUACAGCAAUGUGCAUAUUCUGUGGAACAGAAUAUAUUAAAUCUUUUCGGUGGUUUUAUUUUGUGCAGAACAUUAUAAUUAGAUUAGUGUGAAUACUGCAAUUGAUAAAGAGCAAGGUUUUUGAACUAAAGCUGGGAAGUGAAUGUGCUGGUAAAAUGAAACCAGAUAAAGGUUUUACAUCAUUAUGCCUACUAACACUAAAGCUCAUUAGUUAUCAGGGUAUAACACUUCCAGAUCGUAAACAUCAGUCACCAGAAUUUCAAGAUUGUUGAAAGUCUGACAUUGUUGUUUUACAAAGUCUGGUCAAACACAUAGUCUGAUUGUUUUACCUUAAGCUAUUGCUAAAUUAACUAACAUCAGUGCUGUCUUGUAACCUCAAAUCAGCCUGAAAUUGAAAAGUAAAUUUAUUUUUACUGGGAAAAUUUUAAUGUGUUUAUGCUAAAUAGCGCAUAAUUGAGGAGAGCAACCAGUUUUAUUAAUGUAUACUGGCCUAGAGUUCACUGGAGGUGGGAUUCUUCCCCCUCCCCACCCUUAAUAAUGGUUGAACGCACAAGCCUGCUGUGCCAUGCAUUAAUAUCGUACCAAUUGACUGGUGGUAAAUGGGUUACCAUCUUUACUUAAUAUACUUUUUUUAAGGCUGCUAACCCAGUGUCCAGUACUGCGAUCCUUGAGCUAGUAGUCCAAUGUGCAGCUGCCUUCUGUCUGCAACCAUUGAGUGGUGUAUGUGUGUUCUUUAGUGUUAAUUAGCUCUCUGAGAAGCUACUUUGGGUGGAGGGCACUAUAUAAGUGUAAGCUGUUGUUAAUUAUCCAUUGGUUGUUUGUCUUAACAGUGUGUUAAUUAGCAUCGUUGAUUUUUUUUGUACAUCAA